GGACAGGGGAGGGUUACCACAGAAGGACUCGCCAGUUCUCACAGUCGGGAUACUUCAGAUCAUUCCAUUGUUUUGGUUUUGCUUAACUCAACACAAAGAGGGACCAUAUCAUAUAUCUACCUAGUUUUCAUAAAUUGCUCUGUACCCAUUUAUUUAUAUAUUGUUUGCUAUUUAUCCUAGUUUAGCAAGUGCAGAAAUGUCAAACACCGGUCCAUCUAGUAUCUUGUCCUACGAGACGCUCGUUCAUGCGGUAGCGGGGGCAGUGGGAAGCGUGACAGCAAUGAGCGUCUUCUUUCCUUUGGACACAGCCAGGCUUCGACUACAGGUUGAUGAAAAUCGAAAAUCGAAAUCAACCCCAGUCAUCCUGGCUGAGAUAGCAAAGGAGGAAGGCGUACUGUCUCUAUACAGGGGAUGGUUCCCAGUCAUCUCCAGUCUCUGCUGCUCCAACUUUGUCUACUUCUACACCUUCAACACUCUGAAGAAGCUGGCCAGUGCAGGCCCGGGGAGGCCAAGGCCGGCUACAGACCUGCUCAUGGGCGUUGUGUCAGGGGCAGUUAAUGUGAUCCUGACCACACCCAUGUGGGUGGUCAAUACGCGGCUGAAGCUACAGGGGGCGAAGUUCAGAAACGAGGACCUCCGCCAGACACACUACAAAGGAAUCUUCGAUGCCUUCUACCGAAUCGUAUCAGAAGAGGGCGUGGCCACCCUGUGGAACAGCAUGCUGCCAUCCCUCGUCCUGGUCUUCAACCCAGCUGUGCAAUUCAUGUUCUAUGAGGCCAUGAAGAGGAAGGCGGGCAAAGGGGGACGGGCGAUAACAUCGGCAGAAAUCUUUGUGAUUGGGGCCGUUGCCAAGGCUGUUGCUACCACGGGAACCUAUCCUCUGCAGACAGUGCAGGCCAUUCUCAGGUUUGGCCAGUAUAAGGGCGAUGGUAAGGGAGGAGCAUUUGCAAGUCUGCGAAGCAUAGUGGCUCUGCUGAUGGAUAGAAUAAAGAAACAUGGUUUCCUUGGCCUGUACAAAGGCCUGGAGGCCAAGCUGCUGCAGACGGUGCUAACGGCAGCCCUCAUGUUUGUGGUGUACGAGAAGAUCACCACAGCCACGUUUAAAGUGAUGCGCAUCAACAAGGCCAUGAAGCACUGAUGACCAUUACCCCUCUGUCCGCUUUAAUUGCUUCCCUGGGAUGUGCUUGCCAGUGGCGUAAAUAUCGACGGUGCAACCGGUGCACUGCACCGGGGCCCAGACGCCUUGAGGGACCCAUGGAGGAAGAAAAAAUAUAAUAAUCGCCUAGGGCGGCAAAUGUCUAGGGGCCGCCCUCUGGUGGCACCCUCAAUUAAUUAACUAAAUUAUACGAUUACACCGUAGUAAGCAUUUUUAUUAAUGAAAUCUGUCGUGGUGAUGAGUUUGGGGUUGGAGAGCUGAUACAGUCUGCAGAUUAUCAUUCUUUAUCCAUAGCCAAUGAGAAAUUAGCUCUAGGGGUUGGCUUUUAAUAAAAUAGUCCCUUUUGUCUUGGGAUUUUUUUUUACUAAUGUCAAUAUACAUUUAUGAUGUAAAUUGAAAGGAAAACACUCCAUGUGGUUUCUUAUUAAUAACAAACAUCAAACAAGAGUAUUUAUCCUAAUUCAACUAAAAAAUUGUUAAUUUAUUAUUUCUGUGUGUUGUCUUUUGAACUAUCUUACUGCUUCACGAGUUGUCACUCCAACGUUAACUGUUAUGUUGGGUGCAAGUCAGCCAAUGGCUUUACCCAAUUUCAUAACUAUACACUGGGUAUAGGAAAAAGACCAAAGGGUUAUGUAUUUAUGUUCUGAUCUUCUGUAAAUUCGCUCUCCUCAAAUUAUGUCUUACGUUUGGAGAGAAAAUGUUGAGUCGAUUUUUUUUACAAAAGGUAUUUCUCAUUACACCUCAGGCAACCUCAACAGUAAUAAUCAAAUAGUUAGAAAAAUUCACAUAUAAUUUAUUAUAAAAUUCAGUACACAGUCGCAUUAUGUUAUUGUAAUAUUCCACAAACCUUUUUUACUAACCCUUUCACAUUUACUGAUAUUUAAUCAUGUUAACGAAAUAAGUACAUGAAGAGUUAUUGUAAUAAUCCAUGUGCCUUUGUUAAGGUUACGUUUACUAAUGUCUUGAUGAUUGUACAAUUGUUUUGGAACAGAAACAUAUUGCUUGAGAGCCUGGGAUUAAAAGGGGAGAACCAAAGCAUACAGUGGCAUUGUUCUGUUAUUACGGUCCUGUUACCUUAAUAAAAUAAUAAUUUCAUUCUUGUGGAAGUCCACAACAUCACAUAUGACUAGUGAUGCCACAUCUAGCCACCUCUGCUAAACAGACCAACAAAUUGGUGAUCAAAGUCUCUUGGUAAUAGUAGGCUGGCAUUGACAGACAGUCUCUUGGAGGACAACCAGUUGGGUUUGACCCCCAAGGGGAGGGGCCUAGUUCGGCUGGGGUCAGUGUGGGGACCCCAUCCCCUCCACAUACCAGGGAGGGAGGAAGCAGUAGCUGGAGUCUCUGUGAACGGUGUAGGUAACGUCUUGGUGGGGGUCCCAGGAGAACAGAUGCACCACCCUGGGGGGGAAAUGAUUCACUCGCUUAAAGGACUGAUCAAUCACAGGAGGAUCAAUGCAGUGAACAUUUUAAAUGUUCCCUCUAAAAUGACUAAACAUUGUAUUUUUUAUAUUUGCAUCAUUUAUGUAUGUUUUUAUAAGGUAUGUCUUCAAGCUAAUAUAACCUGAUCUACAGUCCAACCCCAUAUCCGUCCGAUUUAUUUUCUUUGCCAAUUUUACCUGAUAAUUCUUAUCCCCUGACAUUUGAGCUAGGAUUUGGGUGAUUAUUUAGGUAUUAUGGUUCUGGCCUUCAGCACACCAAAUAUCUCUCCACACCACUGUGGCUCACCUGGGGCUGUCCUCUCUGACCACCGUCCGGACGAAGGACAGAAACUCACAGCAGAAGUUCAUACACACGGUGGGUUUCCAGCAGUUGUAUUCAUUCUGAAAUAAUGUCAUAAAACAGAAUACAGGGCCAUGAAGUUUCCAUUCUGACGUGCAGUCGAUUUAGCGCAGAGACCUUCCUAAUGAGCCAAGGUUAAAAACCAGCCAUCAAUGGGUAUGACAGGCUAGGCCAGUGUUGGGGCAGUGAUCAAGCAUCUCUAAAUAAAACCUUUUAAUUCAGUUAUAUUUAUCUUACCAUACCUCUAUAUAUCUUAUCCAAAGUGAUUAAGAAUAAACUGCUUUGAAUAAUACAUAAAGAGUGUUAGGAAUCGUGCAAGGAGUCCUACAGGUAGACUGCGGACACAAGCGAUCUAAUCAAAAACCCUUAAGCUGGGAGUCAAACACCCUAGUUGUCAAUAUAAUAUGAUCAGGCCCUGGCUGGAUCAAUCAGUACCUUGAUAAGAUGUGAAAUCUGGGAGAUGUGAAUGGU